AUGUAUAACGAGACAUUACCUAAUCGGCAGGUACAUCUUGUGAAACUCGGUCACUUAAAAAAUAGAAUCUCAGUUUCCAAUUUGGAUAUCGAUCCCUAUACAUUUAUCUUAUUGAUAUACAUCUCAACUUUCUUUUUGUCGAUUGUGAAACAAAAGCCUGAUUAUUGAUGUGUUAAACAGGAAAAUGAAGAGUUUAAAGGCGAUCAAAAGCGUCGAGUAAAGUCAAGAUUUGGGGACACAACAAAUCUUGCCAUGUUUUGGUUAUCGUUGAUUUUAACACUGGUGGUCUUCUGGUGUCACUCUGCAAAAGGUAAAUUUCUUCUGAUUUUCAGCGGCGCGAAUAAUUCACUAGUCUUCCAAGUUAACGCUUUUUUGACUAAAUUAAGGACCUACACCAUUUUCCUGGGUUUACAGAUAAUUAUUCAAUGUGUUAUGCGCAGUAGCUCGUAUGUUUAAUAAUCUCUUCAUGGUGUUUCUUGCCCAAUUCUCUUAGAGAAAGAGAGGUUACUGUAAUGGACAAAAAUAUCGAUCAUCAGUGAUAGCUAUAAUUAUCAUUAUAAUAAAUGGACAGUUUGAAUAUGAGUGAAUGAAUCCGGUGCGUUUGUUAAAACAGAAAAUCAGACUUUUCUGUUGUACUUCAGAGUAGACUCUUCGACUACGAUACUUAAAUGCUUUGAGUGAAAACACGAGCUUAAGUGUAGACAAAUGUUUCUUUGUUAUGUUUCGCAGGUAUGCAAAAUCGCUCCGUUAUUUGUAAUGCUAGAAUCACACUGAAACUGGUCAUUUACCCGUAACGAUUUUCAUGUUUUCAAUGACAGCAGCCAAAUAAAUCAUAUGACCGUUCCCUUUGGCUACCUGCAGCUGCUUUUUGAAAUAUUCCAAACGUUUUUCUUAUAGGUAAGAAUGCGAAUCUUAGAGACUUGAAAAUAUUUUAUGGAAGCAAUCGUUUCCACUGGUACUAGGGAUAGAAUAAGAAAUGUUUAUAGCAAUCGUCUGUACCUUUACAUUUCAUCUGAUUUAUUACGGUAAAUUCAAUCUUUUUCAUGGUGCUUAACCCCUAAAGAGCGAUCGACAACAAUUUUCUCCUCACGAUAACAAUGCUUAAUCAAGAGAAAACGAGACAAGAAUGAAUAAAGUGAUCACUAAAGGGAAAAUACUUUGAUCUCAACGAUUUGUUUAAGGAAAUGUAUGGUGAUCAGUCUCGAGAAUUUGUACUGAUUUCAGUGAAUAUUGGGUCGUGCCCCAAGCGAGGGGGCGGGAAACUCCCAUAUAAACGUAACGGGGAUGCUCGUCGACUCGCUUUGGGGUGUAAAUUGCAGCUUUUGGUCUCACUUAGGGUGUUUGGGAUUGAAAGUCACUACAUUUGCCCAUUCAGGUAUCGCUUAGUGCUUUGCAUAAAGAAAUUUACCAAAAAUGCCCUGACAGUGACCACACAGAAAUCUCCCUUAGGGUUCAGUUUAAGCUUGAGCCACACCCACAUUGGUCUUCCUAAGAGGUUUAUUUCGAAUUUGCUGACGAGCAUGCCCGUCACUUUUACAUCGGAGUCUCCCCCGAGGGCCGUGCUUGGAUGCAUAUAAGAGGCUAUAAGACUAUUAAAAGUAAAUUUUCGUAUGCCAAAGAGUUUCAACAAUUUCUUGUUCAGAUGCCAGACUUUCCCUUAAUAGGGAAAAUAAAUAAAAAAUCAUGUUUAAAUCAACAGACAUGCAUUUUAGUCAAUCUUAUGUCUGUUACGCAAUUUCAACGUGUGACUCCCCAGGUAAAAGCUGUUCUUUUGAUCGGAACUCAGGUCUGGAAGGGUAUUUUCGGGAUUCGGGAUUUGACCAAAAUACGGUGCGGGAUUCGGGAAAACGCGAGCUAUAUCAUAUCUUAACUGAUAAAGGGACUUUACAGAUACCUGGGAAGCGGGAUUCGCCAAAACUUAAGCGCGGGAUGCGGGAUUUUUUUUACCUGAAUGUUGGGAAUUCGGGGGAGCGUACGUUUGAGCGGCAAAUACGAAUCACCCAGCAGCGCGUUAAGUGUGCCUUGCUAGAUUUUCUUUAUGUUAUUGUUUCUGGUAACAAGAGAGGAAUUCGGGAUUUUCGCGGGAAAAGGAGCUGUAAUGCGGUAUCAGGGCCCCCUCCAGAUUGAUUACUUGCAUAAAUAAUCCUUGCUAAAUAUCGCAAUGUUAAGAUUGUGAUACGACGACAAAAAUAGACUGUGCAUGGAAUAAGUUGCUUUAAAAACGUUUUGUAAGUAUCCAUGAAUAAAACUAUCUGUCGCUACUAAUUAUAAAUGAAUUUUUUUUUAUACCAACAGGAAAAGCUGGCCUUUGGCCUACCGGCCAAUAUGGCCUUCCUAUGCCUAAGGCUGGAUGUCCGAAUAACUGGUUUGAUGGCCGACGAUUUCGCGAUGUCGACAGCGGCAACCUCAUAGACCGUAAGAUAUACGAUUCCCUUCAUUUGGCUGGCUGGAUCAGCAAGGAAGGUAUAUAAUUAAUUCUAAUCGACCAUUAAACCCACUAAACCAUCUUUUUUAAUAGUUUAAAAACUAUCCAUAAGAAGAACGCUCUAAAAAUAUUUUGAGACUCGUGUAAUGCCUCAAUACGUCAAGUACGAAACAGAAUUUCCUCCGCUAUAAUAUUUUCACGUCCGACCACGCGCGUACGGAAUACACGAAAAUCAAGGGUGCUUCGGGGAAAAUUACAUCAUGGCCAAAACGCCAUACUAGAUCGUGAUCAACUACGCGCAUCACCUCAAUCAUCGCGGAACAUAAUCCACUUGCGCAUCACGAGUCUCAUUUGCAUACAAUGAAAGUCGUCGCGAUUCUUAUUCCCAGUUCCCACAUGGCGAAAAAAAUUUGCCAGUUCCUUGGGCCUUCGUUGUAUUGAGGUUCCACUGUAGUUUCAUGUCAAGUAAAUACCCAGCCCUUCCUUAAAUAAGGAUGCACAGGCCAGGAAAAUCAAAACAAAAUAGAUAAAUUAUAAUAGUGGAAUGAAUAAUUAAAAAAUAAAAAUAAAACGGCACGGCUUUUUCCUUGCUGCAACUUUCGAUAGAGGGACAGGAAACAAUUUUCUUGUUUACAGGUGAAACUUUUUAAACAUAAACUUGGACAAUUUUUUUCCAAAGGCAUUGAACAAGAUUUCUGUAUUAAGACAAGCAAAGAUGUAUCUUAUAACUGGCCAGAAGGGAAAUAUUGCAUUUUAAAGCACGAUGCCUGUCCUUAUGGACUAUCCGGUGGGUAAGUAAACCUUGUUGCUGACUGCUGACAUUUUAAUUCUCCACAAUAUCGUGGUUACAUAUUAAUAGUUAUCAAGAGAGGAUAAAGGAGACAGAGAAGGCAUCCCCAUACACACCCUAUUCCAUAGGUAAUUCGUCUCGAGUUAUUUUUAGAAUCGGGAUAAAGUUACCUCGCGCGUUGCGUGGAUGUUUCGUGGAGGUUUCGCAUGACUAAACGCCGUGCAAAACAUGUCGGGCGAAAGGCAAUGAAAGCGUAAAGAGAUCGAGAGCAUUCCUGAAUAUUGAAGCGAAACGAGUCGACGCUCACCUGGGAAAAGGGAAUCGCUCCAUCUCUUCUUCCGAAAGACUCUCGUUUCGUUUAUUUGAUUUCUUCGGCGCCUUUUUGCUUGAUUUGGUGACGGUCGAACUCGAAGGCGCAGGUUUAGGCUUCCCUGCACUUUUCCUCCUCUUUGUUUCAUCUGCUGAACUAUCAUCUGAAUAGGGGCUUUCUACGUUUUCUUGUAUUUCAUUGGCACUCUCCGUUUCGGUUACAGCUUCCUCCUCGCUUGCACUGACUUUUUCACCUCAGUCUUUGCUAGAACUCUCAGCUUCGCUCGAAUCAAAGUUGUAACAAUGCUUAGAAACAAGGCAGGAAGGGCGAUUCUUUUUUAAUUUCCGUUUCGCUGACACAGCUUUGGCAGAAAUCUCUCUGUAGUCGUUUUCAUUGACAAAACGAAUAGCAAUAUCGCUCUCUGCGUCUUCCCCCAUUUUGUUCGGCGUCAGUUCGUGAAAGACGCGUGGCUCUGAGCGUGGGUCAUCCCCGCGGAACACAUUCGCGCUAUGUGAUUGGCUGUUGUCUAAUCCCCCUUGGGAUCUGUGGUCUUAAAAAUAACUCAAGACGAAUUACCUAUGGAAUAGGGUGUGUAUGGGGGAUGCCUUCUCUGUCCCCUUUAUCCUCUCUUGUAGUUAUUCGGUGAGGUGUGCAUCUGAGAAUAUCAAAAAUAUGUAAUAAUAAUCUAGUUACUAACAGCAUUGACAUUAACUUUUAAUAGGAAAGAGUAUCCCUUAUUGAGAGGCACUGUCUAGUAAACAAUUUUUAAUUCACUCAUAUUUCUUAAUAUAUUUGCAGGUCGGUUAGCUGGCUUCCAAUGCGUUCCAAGUUUCAAGACGCAACUGUGAAUGGAAAACCAUUGAAAAACGUAACGAUAAGCUAUUGCUGUAGCUCAAAAGGUAAGGCAGGUUUAAUUCCCUUCAGAAUUAGAAGCGUUAACUCAGUUUAAUAUUUGAAAAAGUAAUAAAACAAAGUCUCUUUCAUCUAUUUACUAGGUGACACGAGCCAUUCCAUGACAUUGCCACUUGAGAAACCUUUCUAUUUGUACUCUCUCAACGGCGCAAGGUGUCAGAUCGUCAAAGGAGCAACAUUGAAGGAGGAGAGCGUCAAUUUCGAUAAAAAAGAUAGAAGAUAUCAUACAACCAUUCAGGGAGAAACUCCAUUUGGCCCGGUAAAGGAUGGUUCCCAGAUGAAAUUAACCUAUUGCUACUAUACUCCUGGUAAGGUUUUACUCUGACUUUUCAAUUACGCCUUUCGGAAACCAGUUUAAGACAAAUUUAUUUAAAGCAAAAAAUCCCCAUCAAAGAUUCAACUUCCAUCUUCAAAGGCAACACGUAUCGUGGAGAGUGGACACCGAUCUGUCUGUCUUCUACUUUGUGCUUCCUACCGAUGACGAGGCUUGAGUGGCCUCUUCAAAGUGCAAGCCCGGCCUUCUGAUAUGGAAUCUGAUCAUUAUCUCAAAAACAGCUAACCUUCUUUAGUCGACCUCGCCAGCUAAUUCCAAGCAAGGAAUUUGACUAGGCUGCAUAAGCAUCGGGAAAGAUGGAGAAGUGCUAACAGGUCUUCACCGCCCCCCUCAGGGUUAUUUUUCUAGCCUUUGUUCCUUCCAGAACACGCAUAAUGCAGCAAAGCCAUUUAAUCCGAGGCUAUGGGGAUCACGUUGACGGGCAUCAUGGCGUGUCCACACUCCAUUCUGGCAAUUUUUACUGUUUCGACUCUUUAAGGUUCAAAACGAGAACGUUAGGUGCACCGCUGUUGUGUGGCCCUACGAGUGGGUGCCACAUGACAUAUAGAAGGCCUCCUAACUGAAAGCCUUUAUUGAUGAAGAGAAUUGAAGCUUACGUUCUAUUCCCUUCUUGCCGUCUUGCAAGUAGCAUAGCUUACCAGCGUUGCGACGAAAGGCCAGAGGAGACAAACAGGUACAACGCCAAAACACUUCGUCUCAAACAGCUAAUUGGCUCACAUAAGAAACACAGAAAAUAUCAAUUGUCUCCUUAAGAUAUAAAAGAAGGCGGUCGUCAUUGAUGUACAUCGCAGGAUUUACAGUUCAUGAUCUAAGGCACACAAUUAAUUCUGAAAAUACUUGUGAGAAAAUAAAACUAGACUGGUUUCCAGUUUCAGUUUCGGCAACUGAGGAGCGAACAAAGCACCUCGCCCAGCUUAACGCCACACAUCCCGCAUGUUGCUUCGCGGUAUGUUAAGUAGUGGGCUUCGACGAAGAUUUCAGAAAACACCAUCUUAAGGCGUGGCGACACGCAUCCGGAUACUUUCGAAACGGAGAUUUUUUCCUCCGUUUUGCAAAAAAAUACACGUCCACACGUAGCGUAUUCGAAUCGUUUUCGUCCGUCCAUACGAAAACGCUGAACAGAGCUGCGGAAUGUUAGUAGUAAAUGAUGUAUUCAGUGCAUCAUUGUAUUAGAAAAACUCCGUUUUCGUCCGUCCACACUUAAACGAGUGGCCAGGGUUUUCAAAAAUCUUCACUCUGGAGAGCGUUUUUGAAAAGAUGCGUUUUCGGUGACCGUUUCGACCGAAUACGUGUGGCCAACCUGAAGGAAAAACCUCCGUUUUCAAACAAAAACGGUUACAUGUGGACGGGGCGUUAGUCUGUGUAGAAUUUCAAACUGUGCCAGAAAUAAAAGUCUUUGCGCUCGAAUUCGCGAAAUGGCCUUCAUCAUGCAGGCGGCGUAAAGUAUUGUAUAGUAUUGCUAUACAUAAUACCGAGGUCAAACAUUUUUUUGACACCCAUUUAUUAUUUCAGGUUGGCAUGUACAAGAUAAUGCACUUAAACAAAACGCCACUACUGGUAAUCUAGUCUAUAACUACCGUAUUCCGUGCACGUCUUCAGUUGGGUUAUUUAAUGGGUAUUUGUGUGGUCCUGCUAUUCUGUGGUAUCCGUUAUCAUGUUCAACUUUUACGAAACGUUUUCUUCCGUUUUAGGUGGAUCUAUAACAAUUCCAGCAAGUCAAGAAGUUGAGAAAACUCUUUUUACAGGAGUAAGUAAAGUUCUUUAAAUCUCGCACUAUAGACAUUUUCCAGGUUAUUUUGAAUAAACCUCAACUCAGGGCUUGGGUUGACAUAAUACGAUGGAAUUGCACAGCCAAGUUAAUGAUGUGUAUGAAUAACGGUUGAAAAUUUCCAUUUUUAGCCCUUACGACAAAAAUUUGAGUUUUUUUCGGCUAUACACCGUUCAGCCUUCGUGGCAAGAGUGUCAAAAGGGGAAGGGAGAAUUCGGGAUAGCGAGGUUGGAGACUUCCCCUUCCACUUGCGGGGAAUUCCGCCUGCGGCUUCCCGUUAGCCUUAUGUUGAAGCCGCGUCAGGGAGGGAUGGACUUCGUUAACUUGGCCAAGGACAUAAUUUCAGCCACACGUGAGCCAUGUUCGCCUUGCAGUACAUGUACGGGCAUGAGGCACUCCCUCGGCAUAGCGUCAUGUGCCGUGGUAAAAACGCCUGCACACAGGCUAGAAAUGGCUGAAACCAUGGAAAAUCUCAGUUAGGGAUUCUAGUCUAACAUUCAAGAGAGUGAUAACUUCAAGAUCAUUUGCUUUCGCUCUAGACUCAACUUGACAACAAGACCCAGUCCUCCGGCCUGGCAGUUGCUAUCGGCAUUGGAGUCGCAUGCGCAAUGAUUGGUACCGCAACUAUUGCCUUGGUAACAAAGAGGUUCAUACGAAAAAAGAGCGAUGAAGAUGAUGAUGACGAUGAACCGAAACCUGACGAUCCGUAAAGUGUGUUAAAACUGAUUUGGUCCUGAGAAAAAGUUUCAUUAACCCUUUCACUGC